AUGGGCAAUGUCUCAUCUUCAUAUCAUCCCACAACAAGAAGACAAUUGGCCGGAGCAAAAGAAAUAAUACCGAUUCCGGCCAAGGUGGUGACUCCCGACGGCCGAUUGGAGGAGUUCCGGCGGCGGACCACCGCGGAGGAGGCGGUUUCCGGCCACCCGAGCUGCUACCUAUGCAGCUCGGACUCCAUGGCGGUGGGCUCGGCGGCCCCCCGGCUGCCCGAGGACUACGUUUUACAAUUUGGGCAAAUUUAUUUCAUAUUGCCACUCUCGAAAGUGCUAGUGCCACUCUCGCUUCAAGACUUGUGCGUGCUGGCCAUCAAGGCCAGCGUGGCGAUUGGCAAUAGCGAUUCGGCGGGUUUGACGGGCGGGUCGGGAUCGGGUCGGGUUCCGUUCCGCAAGUCGAGUUUACGGGUUAGGAAGCAAGGACCGUAUGGCGAUUUCUUGUCGUGCCCGAAAUUGGCUUCUCUGCGAAAGAUCAAAAGUCUUCCAAGAUGA